GCCGCGAGGCUUUUCGGCUGUGUGCUCUGCUCUGGUAUGGCUACAGUCAAGGCCCUCGUCGACCUCUUCGAGCGGCGGUCCGCCACAGCGUCUUCUAUAGUUGAGUCGACUCGAAGCUCGCUCAAGAAAUCACCGGCAUCGGUCAAGACGAGCGAGCAGGUUGAACUUGGAGCAGCGCCCGAGCCAGAUAAAUUUCCAGCUCAAUCUCCUCGACAUGAUGUCCCGCCUAGAUUGCUUGUCCAUCCUCUGCUACGACGUCGGGAGCCAAGCGGGACGGAUGACACUGAUGAUCUCGUCUUUGCACCAUCUGCUACUGUGCAGGCGCACUUCCACAAGUCUGAUGACAUCGCGGAGCGAACGGCAGACAUCACGGAUGAAGCAUUGACCGUCACGGGGCGUUCCAACGCGACAGUCUUGAGUGAGGCCGCCCUCUACAAGGAAAGUCUGGACCUCAGUCGCACAGCUGUCGACGACGAUGCACGACACAAUGAAAUGGAGAUGGAUUCAUUACUCCCAGUAUCCUAUGCAUCGCCAUCGGGCAUGUUCAUAUCGCCAUCCGACGCUUUCUCAUCUGCCAUCCUGCAACCGUCACACUCUUUUGCCUCUUCCGCGACACUAGUGCCAGGCCCGUCCCCACAUACACCCGUUCCAGUGUCUACGAUCUUUGCCCGCAAAGCUGCUCCGUUGUACCUUCCUAAGGUGGAUGACUACAUUAGCUCUAUCCCGGCCGCGGCUUUCCCUCUAAUACAGAAAGAAGAGGAUGCGAAGGGGACAUCUGCUUCUAUGUUCCCACCCAUGGACCGACUCGCUGCUACGGGCAAGACGCUUGCAGACUUGGAGCACAACUCUGUGAUAGCGCCAGGCUGGAGGAAUUGCAGCAGUAUACUCGCUAGUCUCACAAGCAUCGCACUUGGUGUCACCGGUUCCAGCUUGCUAGCGUCGUUUUAUAGCGUGCAGGGACUGUUCGACACCGUGCAGAUCUUCGCACUGAUCUUAAGCACACUUGUUUCCCAUCGAGACACGGAGGAGAGCGGGCUAAGGACACUGUUGCUCGUGAAGAUUCCCAAUUUGAUUGCUCUGAAUUUUGGCUCGAACAUCACGCAGUCGCUGAUACUGCUCGUCGGUCUCAUGAUAUUUGCAGGAAUGCUAUUGUACUACUUUCACCGCGUGACAUGUAAUUGCUGUUACCACAAGUUCCCAGAGGGCAUGCAGCAGAUCGCUUAUCCAAAGCACGCUUGGCUGCUCGUUAUCGUCAGCUUCCUUCUUACGGUAUUAUACCUGCCUAUCAGCACAAUGGCUGUUCAUGUCCUUGUAUGGUCCGACGACCUCUGGGUUGUGCCUAACCCAUAUGUGAAUGCGACCUCAAAUCCUCCGAAUGUUCCUCCCCUCGGUCCCGCAGAUCAAUUUCGUGCACCGUUGGACUUCUGUUGGACGACAACGAUGGAACUCGAUCAGUUUAACUACGCGCCAUUCAUUGUCAUUAUCGCUAUUGGAUCUUUCAUCGGGCUCACAAUCUGGUUUCCGAUCUAUCUUUACCGAGCAACAAAGCAAGUUGUUCCAGUGGUCGACCCGUAUACAGAGCUAGGCGUUCGAAGGAGCCGGAGUGAUAUGGACCGCGAAUAUCAGCGACUGCUCGAUCGAGAUCGCAACCCCUUCUCAUUCUUGUAUAACGGCUUCCGAAGAGGCUGGGGAACCUACGAAUGUGUCUUCUUACUUGCGAAACUGACCACACUAUUAAUCACCGAUGUCGUCGACCCCGAUAACUGUCUCUUCCGUACUCUUUCUCAGUCCCACGUUGUGAUUGCACGCCAGGUCGUUCUCUUGGCUACGAUGCUCCUGUAUUUUGUGUUGCAAUGCAUCUUUGCACCGUUUCUCGAUCCCGUCGGCAAUGCUUCCGAAUGGACAUCUAGGAUGAAUUAUGUAUUGACUUCUGCUCUCGCCCUCGCUGUUGCUUUCAAUAUACCCGACGAGGCUGCGGACAUCCUCAAUGGACCUGUGCUUUAUGUGAUCUACUUCAUAACUUAUGGAUUAUCACUGUAUUUUACCGUCAUCAAUAUGGAUUUAAUGCGCCGCCUUGUGAAGAGGUUGGCUCGCCGCAUCGACUUCAGCAUUGACAUUUUCUCUCCUCGGAUCGACCUCACUCCCUCGUCGCCACACGUCAAGAGGCGAAUCUGGCAGGAAGCGCUAACCACACUAAUAUUAACCAACUUCGACUGCAGGAUACCAAAAUCACAGCUCAUGGAAUUCGCUCAAGCCACAGAUAACGAGUAUCCGCCUUAUUUGCUGAGAUUCGCAGGGUCACCGGGUGAGCGCCAUGUUGAGAACCUGAAGAUCUUACGUGAUGUGGGAUCUAUGGCAUAUUACAGGGCGGUAAAGCUGGUCACCGGCCCUGAAAGCCCUCAAUUGCGGCAGCUGGAAGCGAUGAUACAGAAGCAUUUCGUUGGACCAGACUGCUAUUGGAGGCCGCAUGCAGAAGGCAUGGUUCCUUACAGCAGCUUUUUCGGGACGGCCUGGUGGAUCCCCUUCCCGCCCACGCUGGUCAUUCAUUAUGAUGACGGAGCUCUUAAGACAAUACGAGACGUUUCGCAAUUUGAGCUGUAUGUGAUGCAGAACUCCAGUCAUCACGUCCAGCGGAGACGCGAGGUACGACUUGCGCUUCGGGCACUUGACGGUCAGGUCGUCCGCUGGCCACACGAUUAUACGAAGAGCAGUUGCGACGACGAAAUAUGUGGCUGCUGUCGGCGACAAUCUGCGGCGGGUGAAACUCUCCACUACGAACAAUGUUCCUUCAAUAUCAAGCGGCGCGGAGAAUUGAUGUGGGAUGGCGUCGACUUUGGUAGCGGGUUCGAACUGGAGCUGGUGUACACGAACAAAGUCAAGAGCGACGGUUCUGCUAUCGGUCUUACCGACGACUUCGAGAUGACCCGUCCACUUGCCCGUUUCCUCGCGAUGAAUCGAGCGCUGCUUGAAACCCAGAUGGUAUACGUUGAGGCGAUCCUGCGCAGUUAUCGACAUCAUCACCGACGAGAAUGCGAAUGGAAACAAGACACUCUGACGUAUCGCUUCCUCACCGCUGUGUAUGACCAGCCUCGACCCCCGGCUGAUGUGACGGAAGUGGUCCUGAAGUUAGAGCGAGAUCCACGAGUUCAGGAACUGUUCAUUCAGAACGAGACCGCGCUUGGAUAUACGUAUGAGAGGUUAACGGCUGUUUGUGGUUCUGCGCUGAGCAUUUGGUGGUACAUAUUUUGGGAUGAUCUAUGGAGGCGCAAUUACGAAACGAUGAGCGCCUUGCGGACCUAUGCAUCUGACUUUGAUCCACACUAUCUCUCAUCGAUCGCAUACAAACCGCUCCCAAGGCCUGCGCUUGAGGCAUUCCUUGCUCAACGAGGCCUCUUACAUCGAGUACCCAAAUGGGGAGACUUCUUCACUGCCGGAUUCCUGAACAAGAUGUACGUAAGAAUGAACGACAUAAUCUUUCACGGGUCUUCCGAGGCCGACGUGCUGCAUUUAGGAGAGGACACCUCGGAGCUCGACAUGGAAGAGGUUGACGUGCACACCUUGCUGCAGCCAUCCACGUUGGGAACCGGAGCCGGCACUGACUACGACGAUUCAUCCAUCCGCGCUCGACCUGUUUACCGAUGGGAGGGCAUACUGGAGGAUCCUGUCCGUAGUGAGAAGGCGAAGCAUCGUUCACUGCUGAGGAAACUGGCGGUCUGGUUUGGCGUCAGUCCCUUUUGGCGACCAGGGUUGCCGUCUGAAGGUAUAUCGUUGGAUGUACGGUUGGAGAAUGGCCGGUAUAUUCUGUUCGAGGAUGCACAGUACGGUUGGGCAAAGGACGACCUCGAGAUGAAGGCAUCACAAUUUUGUUGUCACAUCUGAUGCUCUUAAAUGCAAUACCGAAUAUUGUACCAGCGUGACAGGAGGGGGCACUGUACUCUGAGAUGGGAAGCAUUGGGGCG